AUGGAGGCCGGCAUGGACCUCCUUCACCACUCAGGCAUCCAAGCCACACACUACCUCCAGGCUAGCUACCCAGGGUCCCAGGAUUGGUUCCUCUUUGUCUCUUUUGCUGCUGACCUCCGAAACACCUUCUUUAUCCUCUUCCCCAUCUGGUUCCAUCUCUGUGAGGCUGUGGGCAUCAAACUCAUCUGGGUGGCUGUGAUUGGUGACUGGUUGAACCUUGUCUUCAAGUGGAUCCUAUUUGGACAGAGACCCUACUGGUGGGUGCACGAGACCGGUUUCUACCACAACACCUCAGCCCCUUCAAUCCAGCAGUUCCCUGUGACCUGUGAGACCGGCCCAGGAAGCCCCUCUGGACAUGCAAUGGGUUCCGCUGGCGUGUACUACGUGACUGUCACAGCCAUUCUCUCCCUCAUUGUGGGGAACAAACAACCGUCCUGGAAACACCGCUUCCUGCAGGCAGUGUUGUGGGCUGCAUUUUGGGCCAUCCAGGUCUGUGUCUGCCUCUCUCGGGUCUUCCUCGCUGCCCAUUUUCCUCACCAAGUCAUUGCUGGAGUCAUCUCAGGCAUGUUGGUUGCUGCAUCUUUCCAGGGUAUACACGCCAUCUACAACGCCAGCCUGCAGAGGUACGUGGCCACGACUCUCUUCCUCUUCUCCUUUGCCCUGGGCUUCUACCUCCUGCUCAAGGUUCUGGGUGUGGACCUCCUGUGGACCUUGGAGAAAGCCAAGAGGUGGUGUGAGAACCCGGAGUGGGUCCACCUUGACACGACGCCUUUUGCCGGCCUCUUGCGCAACUUGGGCAUCCUCUUUGGACUCGGCCUGGCUCUCAACUCCCCGAUGUACCUGGAGAGCUGCAGAGGGAAGCGAGGGCAGCGGCUGAGCUUCCGGCUGGGCUGCAUCGCCGCUUCACUCCUGAUCUUACACCUCUUUGACUCUUUCAAGCCUCCUGCCAAAGUGGAGCUGCUCUUCUACCUGCUGUCCUUCUGCAAGAGUGCUGCGGUGCCCCUGGCAGCUGCUGCCCUCGUCCCUUACUGUGUCUCCCAGCUGCUCAGCCAGAAGGACAAGAAAGCCGCGUAG